AUAGUGUGACCCGUAAUGUGCAGCUUUUCCGAUGUUUUUGCCCAUCGACUGACACUAUCGAGUGCCGAUCGACCGCCUUGUGAUCGAGGCGCCCCCUUCCCUAAGCACAUGGUGACUCCGCAAAUGCUGACAACAGAAGGAAUUUUUGGGACUCUCUUCGGACCCCCCCUCCCUUCGAUGGACCUAGAUGUCGCGGAUGGCUGCUUUCUCUUCGGGAUUUCACCUUCGGCAUACACAUGGCAUCGACAUGGACCCCUUUUUCCUGGAGGCGGACCAGCACUUGUGGAUGGACUCUCUUUCCGGCCGCCCUUCGACCCACACAUUUCGCCCACAUGAAAUUCUUUUAAUAUGAUGUGAAUUUGAAUCUACAUAUACCUAAAUAUAUCUUGUAUUUAGUGCGCGUUCGUGUGAUCCGUCCUUUUAAAUAA